AGAGACCGGCCGGCAGGGGCCGUGGCGGGGCCUUCACUCCGCUGCUUCUCAGCACCCCAACGCCUCCGGUGUUGCCGCUCCGGGCCCGCCGCCGCGCCGUCUUCACCGUCGCCGCCACCGAGUCAGGGCCUCGGGGUCCUACCGCCGCCGCCAUGAGGGUGCGGGUCCGGCUGCAGAAGCGGACCUGGCCGCUCGAGAUGCCAGACGCGGAGCCGACGCUGGGGCAGCUGCGCGCGCACCUCAGCCAGGCCCUGCUGCCGUCGUGGGGCUUCAGUUCUGAUACCCGGUUUGCAAUCACAUUGAACAACAAGGAUGCCCUCACUGGAGAUGAAGAGACCUUGGCUUCAUAUGGGAUUGUUUCUGGGGACUUGAUAUGUUUGAUUCUUGAAGAUGCCAUUCCAGCACCUAACUUACCUUCAUCCACAGAUUCAGAGCAUUCCUCACUCCAGAAUAAUGACCAACCCUCUUUGGCCACCAGCUCCAAUCAGUCCAGCGUACAGGAUGAACAGCCGAGUGAUUCAUUACAAGGACAGGCAGCUCAAACUGAUGUCGGGAAUGAUGAAAAUAUGUCGGGGCCUAGCCAGACGUUUGAAACUGAGUCUGUUCAAGAUGUUGUGGAUAUGGAAGGGGCCACAGGUGUCUGUCCCUCGGAGCCGAUGCUCUGCAGUGAGUCGGUGGAGGGGCAAGUGCCACAUUCAUUAGAGAUCCUGUAUCACUCAGCUGACUGUGCCAGUCCCAGUGAUGCCUUGAUCGUGGCAAUACAUCUGCUCAUGCUGGAGUCCGGUUACAUACCUCAGGGGACUGAGGCCAAAGCUAUGUCCAUGCCAGAGACCUGGAGGUCGGGCGGUGUGUACAAGCUGCAGUACACGCACCCUCUCUGCGAGGGCGGCUCUGCUGCUCUCACCUGUGUGCCUUUGGGAAACCUGAUUGUCAUAAAUGCUACACUAAAGAUUAACAGUGAGCUCAGAAGUGCGAACCGAUUGCAGCUGCUGCCAGAAUCCUUUAUUUGCCAAGCAGAACCAGGGGAAAAUGUAGCCAAGAUCUACAAAGAUCUUCAGAAGCUCUCUCGUCUCUUCAAAGACCAGCUGGUGUAUCCUCUUCUGGCUUUUACCCGACAAGCACUGAACCUACCGGAUGUAUUCGGCUUGGUGGUCCUGCCAUUGGAGCUGAAACUGCGGAUUUUCCGACUUUUGGAUGUUCGUUCCGUUCUGUCUUUGUCUGCAGUUUGUCGUGAUCUCUUUAUUGCUUCAAAUGACCAGCUGCUGUGGAGGUGUUUAUAUCUGCGGGAUUUUCGAGAUGGUACUGUUAGAGUUCGAGACACAGAUUGGAAAGACCUGUACAGAAAGAGGUACAAACAAAGAAAAGAAGCUCAGAGAGGGCGGCAUGUGAUGUUCAUCCCCUCGUCGCCCCACCCCAUCCCAUUCUACCCCAACCCCUUGCACCCCAGGCCUUUUCCCAGCUCGCUGCUUCCUCCGGGAAUUAUUGGUGGUGAAUAUGAUGAAAGAAUAAUCCUUCCCUAUGUUGGGGACCCGAUCAACUCACUCAUCCCUGGGCCUGGGGAGACACCCAGCCAGUUCCCUCCACUCAGACCACGUUUUGAUCCCAUUGGCCCGCUGCCAGGACCUAACCCCAUCUUGCCAGGGCGAGGUGGCCCCGGUGACAGAUUUCCCUUAAGACCCAGUAGGGGCUGGCCCACCGACAGCCGGCCGCCCUUCAUGUGAUUGAUUUCUCAUCUCACUUCUGGAGCUUGUUUGGUUUUUGUUUUUUAAAACUGCAGAUGUCAUCUUGUUGGGGGUGCUGAUCUCUAGUGUGUUCUGAUUGCGAUGGUGAGGAACGCACUCACAGCGGACUUUCGGUAUAUCUGUUUAAAGCUCCAGGGGUGAUAGGGCCCAGAGUUCCCUGUAUGACCAGGUUGGCCUUGGAAAUAGCUGGCUACUGACCUCCCCCCUCUGAAUUCCCCUCUAGGAUGAAGGUUGUUCACUGAUAAUGUUCUGCACCAGAUUAAAAAAAAUUAGUAUAAAUUA